GGGCUGUGAAUGGGGCGCGGCGGUCGCGGCGGCCGAGGCGAGAGCCGGCGCGCGGGCGGGCGCACUUUCUCCUCAGCGCCGGGCGGGGGCGGCGGCGGCAGAGGCGGCGGCAGAGGCGUUCUGCUCAGCUCCCCUCAGAGAGCGCUGCGGGGCCGGCGCUGCACGGCUGCGAGGAGCGGGGACGACGUGCCGAGCAUUUCCCCGCUCGCUGACAACUUCUCCUCGGCCCGGCUCGCUGUUCACCGGAGCCCGGACGCCGCCCCUCGGAGCUCGCCGCUGCCUCAGCGGGUCUGCGCGCUCCCGCCUCCCUGCCCGUCCCGCGGCGCCCGGGGGUGGCGGCUCCGCGGCAUGGCCCGCGCCCGGCCCUCGGUGGCGGGCGGCGGAGGCGCGGCGCCCCCUGAGCGCGCGGGGCCCGGGCGGCCGCGGAGAAGCCGGACUGGUCACCACUGCGACCCCGAGCGCCCCGGGCUGCGCGCAGCACCCAGGACCCCCGGGCCGGGCGCGGGCCGGCGGUCGGCAAAGUUGAGGCCGGGCCGCGGGUGGUGGGCACUGCUGUUGCUCCAGCUGCACUUGCUGCGGGCGCUGGCGCAAGAUGACGUUGCACCCUACUUCAAAACGGAGCCGGGCCUGCCCCAGAUCCACCUGGAAGGGAACCGCCUCGUGCUCACCUGCCUGGCUGAAGGGAGCUGGCCUCUGGAAUUCAAGUGGAUCCGGAAUGACAGUGAGCUCACCGCCUACAGCAGCGAAUACAGGUACAUCAUCCCCUCUUUGCAGAAGCUGGACGCUGGGUUUUACCGCUGCGUGGUGCGGAACAGGAUGGGAGCUCUCUUGCAGAGAAAAUCAGAAAUUCAAGUAGCAUAUAUGGGGAACUUCAUGGAUGCAGACCAGAGGAAAACGGUUUCUCAAGGACAUGCGGCACUUCUAAACCUACUGCCUAUCACCAGCUGCCCCAGACCUCAAGUGACAUGGUUUAGAGAAGGACACAAGAUCAUUCCCAGCAGCAGAAUAGCCAUCACAUUGGAAAAUCAACUGGUGAUCCUUGCCACAACAGCGAGUGAUGCCGGGGCGUAUUACGUGCAGGCUGUGAAUGAGAGGAACGGAGAGAACAAGACGAGCCCAUUCAUCCAUCUGAGCGUAGCACGAGAUACUGGCACCCAGGAGGCCAUGGCCCCCGUCAUCGUGGUUGCCCCAGGCAACAGAAGUGUGGUAGCAGGGUCCAGUGAGACUACCUUGGAAUGCAUAGCCAAUGCCAGGCCCGUGGAGGAGCUGAGUGUGCACUGGAAGAGAAACGGAGUUCGACUCACAAGUGGACUGCACAGCUAUGGGAGGCGCCUUACCAUCAUCAACCCGACAUCAGCAGACACCGGGAUGUACGUGUGCGAGGCGACACUCCGGGGGAGCGCAUUUGAGCCAGCCAGGGCCAAAGCCUUCCUUUCCAUCAUAGAGCCACCAUAUUUCACCGCUGAGCCAGAGAGUCGGAUUUUAGGGGAAGUGGAAGAAACCGUGGACAUCCCGUGUCGAGCCAUGGGGGUUCCUCUUCCCACCCUCCAGUGGUACAAAGAUGCUGUCCCCCUCAGCAAGCUCCAGAACCCUCGGUAUAGAGUUCUCCCCAGCGGAGGCCUACACAUUCAGAAGUUGAGUCCAGAAGACUCUGGAAUCUUCCAGUGCUUUGCCAAUAACGAAGGAGGAGAGAUUCAGACUCACACCUACCUGGAUGUGACCAAUAUUGCUCCUGCUUUCACCCAGCGGCCAGUGGACACUACGGUUACUGACGGGAUGACGGCUGUCCUGAGGUGUGAGGUGUCCGGGGCUCCCAAGCCCGCCAUCACGUGGAAGAAAGGGAACCACAUUCUGGCUAGUGGCUCGGUCCGGAUCCCUAGGUUCAUGCUGCUGGAAUCCGGGGGGCUGAGGAUAGCCCCUGUCUUCAUCCAGGAUGCUGGCAACUAUGCCUGCUAUGCAACCAACACGGAGGCCUCUGUGAACGCGUCCGCCAUGCUCACCGUGUGGAAUCGAACGUCCAUCGUUCACCCUCCAGAGGACCGCGUAGUGAUUAAGGGGACGACAGCCACCCUGUGCUGCGGAGCCACCCACGACCCUCGGACCUCUCUCCGCUACGUUUGGAAAAAGGACAACGCGGUCAUCACACCAUCCAGCAGCUCCAGAAUUGUGGUGGAGAAGGAUGGGUCACUUGUCAUUAGCCAGACGUGGUCAGGGGACAUCGGGGACUACACCUGUGAAAUUGUAUCAGAGGGAGGGAACGACUCCCGAACGGCACGGCUAGAAGUGAUUGAACUGCCCCACCCACCUCAAAACCUACUGGCCAGCUUGAGUUCAGCACGCAGCCACUCGGUGACACUAUCCUGGGUUCGUCCCUUUGAUGGAAACAGCCCAGUCCUUUACUACAUUGUGCAAGUAUCUGAAAACAACUCUCCCUGGAAAGUGCAUCUGUCAAACGUUGGCCCAGAGAUGGCAGGUGUCACUGUGAGUGGCUUGACCCCAGCCCGGACCUAUCAGUUCAGGGUGUGUGCUGUGAAUCAAGUGGGCAAGGGUCAGUACAGCACAGAGACCAGCAGGUUGAUGUUACCUGAAGAACCACCAAGUGCUCCCCCCAAAAACAUUGUGGCCAGUGGGAGAACCAACCAGUCCAUCAUGGUACAGUGGCAGCCACCACCCGAAACAGAGCACAAUGGGGUGCUUCGGGGCUACAUCCUCAGGUACCGCCUGGCUGGCCUGCCUGGAGAACACCAGCAGAGGAACAUCAGCAGCCCAGAGGUGAACUACUGCCUUGUCACCGACCUCAUCAUCUGGACACAGUACGAGAUCCAGGUGGCGGCCUACAACGGGGCAGGCCUGGGCGUCUUCAGCAGGGCAGUGACUGAGUAUACCUUACAAGGAGUGCCCACUGCACCCCCCCAGAAUGUACAGGCAGAGGCUGUGAAUUCCACCACCGUGCACUUCCUAUGGAACCCGCCACCCCAGCAGUUCAUCAACGGCAUCAACCAGGGAUACAAGCUCCUGGCGUGGCCAGCAGAUGCUCCCGAGACUGUCACUGCUGUCACAAUUGCUCCUGACUUCCAUGGCACCCAUCAUGGGUACAUAACCAACUUGAAGAAGUUCACAGCCUACUUCACAUCCGUCCUGUGUUUUACCACGCCAGGGGACGGGCCUCCAAGCACACCUCAGCUCGUGUGGACCCACGAGGACAGACCGGGAGCUGUGGGGCACCUGAGCUUCACAGAGAUCUUGGACACCUCUCUCAAGGUCAGCUGGCAGGAGCCCCUGGAGAGAAAUGGCAUCAUUACGGGCUAUCAGAUUUCCUGGGAGGUGUAUGGGAGGAAUGACUCUCGGCUCACCCACACCCUCAACAGCACGACCCACGAGUACAAGAUCCAAGGACUGUCAUCGCUCACCACCUACACUAUCGAUGUGGCUGCCAUGACUACUGCAGGUGUGGGCCUGACCACGUCAUCCACCAUCUCUUCGGGAGUACCCCCAGAUCUUCCUGGUGCUCCAUCCAAUCUGGUCAUUUCCAACAUCAGCCCUCGCUCAGCCACGCUCCAGUUCCGACCUGGCUAUGAUGGGAAGACAGCCAUCUGCAGGUGGAUUGUGGAGGGGCAGGUCGGUGCAAUCGGGGAUGAGGAGGAGUGGGUCACGCUCUAUGAGGAGGAGAACGAGCCUGAUGCCCAGAUGUUGGAGAUUCCAAACCUCACGCCCUACACACACUACAGGUUUCGAAUGAAGCAAGUGAACAUCGUAGGUCCCAGCCCCUUCAGCCAGUCAUCCCGGGUCAUCCAGACCCUGCAGGCCCCACCUGAUGUGGCUCCAACCAGCCUCACAGUCCGAACAGCCAGUGAGACCAGCCUGCGGCUACGCUGGGUGCCUCUGCCUGAUUCCCAGUACAAUGGGAACCCCGAGUCUGUGGGCUACAGGGUGAAGUACUGGCGUUCAGACCAACCAUCCUCAGCUCUGGCCCAAGUCGUCAAUGACCGUCUGGAGAGGGAGCUGACCAUUGAGGAGCUGGAGGAGUGGACAGAGUAUGAAUUGCGGAUGCAGGCCUUCAACGCCAUUGGGGCUGGGCCCUGGAGUGAGCUGGUGCGGGGCCGUACACGGGAGUCAGUUCCUUCAGCAUCUCCUGAAAAUGUGUCUGCAGAGGCUGUCAGCUCCACCCAAAUCCUACUGACUUGGGCUUCGGUUCCUGAGCAGGACCAGAACGGGCUCAUCCUAGGCUACAAGGUUUUAUACCGUGCCAAAGACCUGGACCCAGAGCCCAGGAGCCACGUGGUACGAGGGAACCACACACAGUCUGCACUGCUGGCUGGCCUGCGAAAAUUCGUGGUCUAUGAGCUCCAAGUGCUGGCGUUUACACGGAUUGGGAAUGGGGUCCCCAGCUCACCCCUCAUCCUGGAGCGCACCAAAGAUGACACCCCAGGUCCCCCCGUGCGGCUGGUGUUCCCCGAAGUAAGGCUUACAGCAGUGCGGAUCGUGUGGCAGCCCCCAGAGGAGCCCAACGGUGUGAUUCUGGGUUACCAGAUCGCCUAUCGCCUGGCCAGCGGCAGUCCUCACACCUUCACCACUGUUGAGGUGGGUGCCACCGUGCGGCAGUUCACAGCCACAGAGCUGGCCCCGGAGUCUGCGUACAUCUUCAGACUGUCUGCUAAGACGAGACAGGGCUGGGGCGAGCCCCUGGAGGCCACAGUUAUCACCACGGAGAAGAGAGAGAGGCCAGCGCCCCCUAGAGAGCUCCUGGUACCCCAGGCAGAAGUGACAGCACGUAGCCUCCGGCUCCAGUGGGUCCCUGGCAGCGAUGGGGCCUCCCCAAUCCGGUACUUUACCGUGCAGGUGCGAGAGCUGCCGGGUGGAGAAUGGCAGACCUACUCCUCGUCUAUCAGCCACGAGGCCACACUCUGUGCUGUUGAAAGGCUGAGGCCUUUCACCUCCUACAAGCUGCGCCUGAAGGCCACCAACGACAUUGGGGACAGUGACUUCAGUGCAGAAACAGAGGCUGUGACCACACUGCAAGAUGUUCCAGGAGAGCCACCAGGAUCUGUCUCAGCCACACCGCACACCACGUCCUCAGUUCUGAUCCAGUGGCAGCCUCCCCGGGAUGAGAGCUUGAAUGGCCUUCUGCAAGGCUACAGGAUCUACUACCGUGAGCUGGAGUCCGAGACAGGCCUGAGCCCUGAACCCAAGACACUCAAGAGCCCCUCUGCCUUACGUGCUGAACUCACGGCUCAAAGCAGCUUCAAGACCGUGAACAGCAGCUCCACAUUAACGACCUAUGAAUUAACACAUCUGAAGAAGUACCGGCGCUAUGAAGUCAUCAUGACUGCCUAUAACAUCAUUGGUGAGAGCCCAGCCAGUGUACCAGUGGAGGUCUUCGUUGGUGAGGCUGCCCCAGCAAUGGCCCCACAGAACAUCCAGGUGACCCCACUCACAGCCAGCCAGCUGGAGGUCACAUGGGACCCGCCACCCCCAGAGAGCCAGAAUGGGAACAUCCAAGGUUACAAGGUUUACUACUGGGAGGCAGACAGUCGUAAUGAGACGGAGAAAAUGAAGGUCCUCUUUCUCCCUGAGCCUGUGGUAAAGAUUAAGGAUCUCACCAGCCACACAAAGUACCUGGUCAGCAUCUCAGCCUUCAACGCUGCUGGUGACGGGCCCAGAAGUGACCCAUGCCAGGGACGCACACACCAGGCAGCUCCAGGGCCCCCAAGCUUCUUGGAAUUCUCAGAAAUAACAUCUACCACACUCAACGUAUCCUGGGGGGAGCCAUCGGCAGCCAACGGCAUCCUACAGGGCUAUCGAGUGGUGUAUGAACCCUUAGCACCAGUGCAAGGCGUGAGCAAGGUGGUGACCGUGGAUGUGAAAGGGAACUGGCAACGGUGGCUGAAGGUGCGGGACCUCACCAAGGGAGUGACCUAUUUCUUCCGUGUUCAGGCGCGAACCAUCGCCUAUGGGCCAGAACUCCAAGCCAAUGUCACUGCAGGGCCAGCCGAGGGGUCCCCAGGAUCUCCAAGAAAUGUCCUUGUCACCAAAUCUGCCUCUGAGCUGACCCUUCAGUGGACAGAAGGGAACACAGGGAACACACCCACUACAGGCUACGUCAUAGAAGCCAGACCAUCAGAUGAAGGCUUAUGGGACAUGUUUGCAAAGGACAUUCCCAGGAGUGCUACGUCAUACACCGUGGGUCUGGACAAGCUGCGGCAAGGGGUGACCUACGAGUUCCGGGUGGUGGCCGUGAACAAGGCAGGCUUUGGGGAACCCAGCCGCCCUUCCAUUGCAGUGUCAGCACAAGCUGAAGCCCCGUUCUAUGAGGAGUGGUGGUUCCUGCUGGUGAUAGCGCUCUCCAGCCUCCUCCUCGUCCUCCUGGUGGUCUUCGUGCUGGUCCUGCAUGGGCAAAGCAAGAAGUACAAGAACUGUGGCUCAGGUAAGGGCAUCUCCAACAUGGAGGAGACAGUGACCCUGGAUAAUGGAGGGUUUGCCGCCUUGGAACUCAACAGUCGUCACCUCAAUGUCAAGAGCACCUUCUCAAAGAAGAACGGAACCAGAUCCCCACCCCGACCAAGCCCCGGAGGUCUGCACUACUCUGACGAAGACAUCUGCAACAAAUACAACGGUGCGGUGCUGACAGAGAGUGUGAACCUCAAGGAGAAAUCGGUGGAUGGGUCGGAAUCGGAGGCUUCUGACUCAGACUACGAGGAAGCCCUGCCCAAGCACUCCUUCGUCAACCACUACAUGAGCGACCCCACCUACUACAACUCUUGGAAGCGGCGUCCCCCUGCCGCAGCACCGCACAGGUACGAGGCGGUGGCAGGGGCCGAAGCUGGCCCGCACCUGCACACAGUCAUCACCACACAGAGCGCGGGCGGAGUCUACACACCAGCUGGCCCCGGAGCCCGGGCCCCCCUCACCGGCUUCUCCUCCUUCGUGUGACGUCACGCCUCCAUCAGGGUAGACGGGUGCAGAACUUCUGGAGUCUAUUUUUGUUAAGACAAUCAACUCCGAUAACUGAGCUGAAUUUUUUUUGUUUAAAAAAAUAAUAAUAAUUCUGAUAAGCGAUCUUACCUACUGGUGAAAACUAGGGUUCACUUAGGAAGGUUUUUUUUUUAAUGGCUUUUUGUAACAUCGCUGCAGGAAGCGGGGUUUCUUUGUUUUCUUUUUAAGAGAAGGUAUCUCCCUGGUGCAAUAGCUCAGCACCGCCGGCGGGGGCGCUCUCGACACACCCGAGCCCUGGGCUCCUCUGGCCUCCAAACCAUCCAGGAUGGCGAAGGAGGGCGGGCAGGAGGGUGGAGGGGGACAGGUAAAUCGCAUCCGCAGCCCACUUCUCUCUCUACCUCCUUUUGGAGAACCAGCCAGCCUGGUCCACUUUCUCCAUCUUAGGACAACUUGAGGCCCCUUGCUCUCGUCCGUGCUUCAGAGAAUUGCUCUUCCCCUCCCUGGGUUCUGUCCGGUUCUCAGCAGGAUCCGGGCGGGGCCACUCAAGAGGGCUCAGCUAUGCCACCCUUCUUUAAGGGUGGCUGCAGCCCUGGAGGUUUCCUUUUCCCUCUCUCUUCCUCUCUUCUCUCAAGCAGACAGUUACAAGAACAGGAAGCCCCUGCCCCAACUGGCUCUGGAGGCCCCCAGGCCCAUCCAAGGCCAGCCAGGUCCUUCUGGUGACCACACAACACAGCACACAGCCCACCCCCGCUGAGCAAGAAAGGAGCGGAGACGCGUGGUUUUUGCAGUUGCUUGUGGCAGUAGCAAGUGUGCAUUGUUGAACCAGAGUAUUUUUUAAACCUUUUUAUCUUUUUUUAAACUAUGUCACGUGAAAUGAAUGCGUCUUUGCUGUCUCCAGGUGCCUUUUAAUUCAUUGUUCAGCUUUGAACGUGGGAAAGACGAAAACCGACUGUGUCUCCAAAUAAAACAAUCGGCUCUGAGAAACCAACCGGGGCCACGAGUCACCUAGCACGCCCCACACAUGGCGCACAGUAGGGACAGCCCUUUCCUUUUCCUCCUGUGCUCGCUGCUGUACCGCUUCUGCCCCCUGGUGCUGUCCCCUCUACCCCGACAUCCAAGGCCAGCUUUUAGCCUUAACGGGUUUUCUGAGAACAUUUUCCUUUCCUUUUCGUUGUUUAAAUGUUUCUGGCUAAAUGCAAAGUGACACUCAAGACCCCGUGAGCGUCCUGCCACCCAUAGUCCAGCGCCCCACUCCACCCCCACCCCCAUUUGGAUGUGACCAGCGGGAUCCAGCCAGGGCGUGCCCCAGAGCUGACAGCAGCUCCAUUUCCCCACACCCUGGAGCACUCAGAGCCAGUGACAAGAGUCUGCCCUCCCGGGGUCUUGGCGCCCUGUGGAAGGGACUAAGUACCUCAGUGCCACCAGUAGGAGAUUCUGUAGCCCCUUUGCCUUCCCUGUGAGGCAGAGGACAUGGAUCUUGUCUUGACUCUGCCUUGGAAGUAGCAGGUGUGGCCCCAGGACACAGGAGGUUCCACUUGGGGUUAAAAAUUGAAUUAAUUAAAGGCCUUCCACUUUUUCCAAAAUCGAGAAUAAAAACCAUUCCUCCUUCCUCUUUCUUACUCCCUUCCUCCUCCUCUCCCUCCUUCCUUCUCCCCCUCCUUUCUUUCAUUCUUCCCUCCUUUUUCCCCCUCCCCUUCUUAUAUUCACUUCUCUCUUCUUCCUUGGUUCUUCCCUCCCUCCUCCCUCUUUCCUCUCUACCUCCUCCUUCUCCUGUCUCCCUUUCUUCCUCCCUCUUUCCUUGUCUGAGCUAAAGGAGAAAUAUUCUAAACCAAAAAUCCUAGAUGCUCUACCCAAAGCCACUUCUGUGUGGGGAAUGCCACCCUCAUGGUCCACAGAAGGGACCACAUCAGUAGACUGCACCAUCUCCUCCCUGGCACCAAACGAGUGAAGAGGACAGAGGCCACAUGUCACCAAUUGAACUUCUUGGAAGGUGCCACCCAACAGAAGACAGGGGACCAGGCUGGCUCUGUACCGCAGCUGUGCUCCCUUAAGCCAUAAGGACUUGAUUGCUUUAAUCAAUGGGGAAUCUUUGGGAUGGUCUGUUCUGAGGUGACACUCUAGCCCACCUUGCACUUCCUCCCAAUGACUCAGCAGUUUGCAGCGGUGCCUGGGUCUCCUUUAGGAUCAGUAACUUGUUUUCUAUGGAAAGGUCUGUUCAGGAUGCCCUGGCCCUAUGGCUGUUGGUCGACAGCAGUCAGCAGCUGUCUCAAGCCUGAGACUUAGAGCAAUGCUUCUCAACAUGUGAAUGGAGACCCCUUGGGAGUCAAACGACCCUUUCACAGGGGUUGCAUAUCAGAUAUCUUGCAUAUCAGACAUUUACACUGCAAUUCAUAACAGUAGCAAAAUUACAAUAGUUACGAAGUAGCAACGAAAGUAAUUUUAAUGGUGGGGGGGGGGGCAUCACCACAACAUGAGGAACUCUAUUAAAGGGUCACAGCAUUAGGAAGGAUAAAAACCACUGACUUAGAGGGACCCUGUCCCAUUCAAAUCCCUGCACCAAAGGCAGAGGUUGAGGAUUUCCAGUUAGAUUUCAGCCUCUGGAGUCACAGGGCAUUGGCAAAAGUCCUUCCUACCUGUUGGGAUGGGACGGACACAUUACGCAGCUGCGAAACGGACACUGGAUCCAAGGCUGGCUUCUAAGAAAAGAUCCAAACAGGCAGGAUGCGGGCACCCUCCUGACUUCUCCUGUCAUGUUGUCCAUGGGUGUCUGGUGAUAAGCGGCAGCCACCUCAGUGGCUUUGUGGAGGGUGCUCAGCCCUGUGUAGCUUCCCUCCUGGGUGAGCUGCUGAGCCCUGCAGCAGGCUUUCCAGAGCACAGAUACCCAGAGAGGAAGCAACAGCGGAGCGGACAUCGCUACACCUCCUGCUUGGUGUCUUCCCACUCCAGCAGAACAGGAUGGGGGUGGGGUGGGGUCUCCCUUACCUGGAGCCCUGGGAGGAAGCAGAGCAACAGCCCAUGAGGAUGGCGUGUGUUCUGGAAAGUUCUUUGGAUGUGGCGUUUGAACUUGAUCAGCCUGAGCAUGGUGUGUUUGCAUAGAGGUUCUUAGCAUGGGUUUUCAUUACCCCUGGAUUCCUGGCUCACAGCAUGGCUGCUUUCCUGCUGAGCCCCAGCCCUAGACUAGCAGCAAGGGACCAGUCUGAGAGGCCAGAACAGUGUGGGGUUCCCAACAGGGAGCUCCCAACCCCACCUGCUGGCUUAGGGGAGUCCCUAGGCUUUCCCUAUAAAACUUCCAAAAUGGCACAGAAAACCAGAUCCCAUUAUAGAUUUAAAAAAAAAAAAGAAAAAAGAAACAAAACAAACCCCCCACUCCCUCAACUUGUAGAAAGGCAGAGCGGUGCUAUGGGUACAAUUUUUAAUAAAAAUAUUUUGUUCCUUAA